AUGAGGCUUCUGAGCAAAGUGAUCGUCGGAACCACCUGCGUCACGAUCUUCUGUGGUAGUGCUUACGUGGCCGCCAUCACUCUUUCCCCACCCCCAAACUACGUAGUAAGCAACAAUGACCGGUUAAAAAGUUACGACAGGCUGUCCAUUGGCAAUCUGUAUGAGAAAAAGACGAAGAGUCAAGAAUUUUACCUGGGUCUUAGUCGGUGGCGGCGGAAGAUGCUACGGGACGAAGGCCUGCUUCGCGGGCGGGUGCUAGAGGUUGGUGCUGGGUGUAUGGGAAACUACGCAUACUACCCCCACAAAUACUUCAGCGACGAUCCGGAGGUCCAGCGACACUUGAAGGUUAUGCUAGGCUUCGGAGACAAUGCCCAGGCAGCGUGCAGCGGUGCCAACACCACUAGCUACAUCCUGCAGCACAUUGUGAAGGAAAACCCGUGCGACGAGAUUGUGUUGUGCGAUCGAUCAGCCGGAAUGGUUCAGUCGUGCAUCGCAAAGAUAGAGAGCCGACUGGGCUAUACUCCGUAUCGGUACCCCGACUAUGACAUUGCUGGAAUCCGCAGUUCGAUUGAAGCCCGUCUUCGCUCUCAGCACAGCGCAAAAGAAUCGGGGUCCGAGUCGGUUGACAAAGUCGCUCUUCGGAAGAGAAAGAUUCUACACGAAGACGGGACCGUACGUGAAGUGCUGGUGACACCUCUAAGCGGGACUGAAGAGGAGGAGUUUCUAGCGGCAACAUCAUCACAGAUGGAUUCGGCUCCCGAUUCUGUAAUCGUGCCUGUGCUGCGAGCCCUUGAUCCCGGCGACAAGCUGCGGCUCCUUUCCAAGGAAGGGGAGGCCGCACUGGUGCAACGAGAGCGUGAAGUUCAGGCUCGCGGGGAGUUUCGACGACGAGUCGAGAGCGAGCUUCAGCGCGAGGAAAGAGUGAGUAUGCUCAAUCGUGGAUGCACCAACUACUCUGCUGCCGAUACUUCAAGAGUUGAAAAGAACCUACUGGUUGAAGCGCCUCCAGAGCUUCGCAGCAGCAAUCAUGAACUUGAAAGACAGCCUUUGUUUGCCGUAGCCAACUAUGCCGCCGAGCAACUCCCGUUCCCUGACAACAGCUUCGACGCCGUGGUGGACAUGUUUGGCCUGUGCAGCUUCGAUGACCCAGUCCGCGCUUUACGUGAGCUGUCGCGUGUGUGCAAACCAGGAGGAAAGCUGCUUCUCAUCGAACAUGGAAAGGGCCACUCUGUUCGUGUCAACAAUCAUCUGGAUAAAUGGGCGCCGCGGCACGCGAAGAACUGGGGGUGCUGGUGGAAUAGGGAUAUUCGCCGCGUGAUUCGCCUGAGCGGGGUUUCUAUAGAGAAGUGGGAAAGCAAGCACUUCGGGACGUCGCACUACAUUGUCGCAAAGCCGUACAAAUCUAUGGAGGAGUGGGACAGGUUCGAACUCCAGCGCAAGCAGCAGGGGAUGAAGACUGCCGUUUAG